UACUUGUAAGCCGCAUAACGAUGUCAUCUUAAAAUAUACUUAUUAUUAUAACUUGCGCCCAGCUUGUCCUUUCAUUCUCACUCUAAACUAAACGAUUUAGAUAGAAACGUAUGCGGUUGUUGAUACGUCGUUGAGGUCAUUCUUCAGUUCAUCAGAUUGCUAGGCAGGUUCUGCGCUUUUGGUGUCACCGGAAGCGCUAAUUAAACAUUAAGGAACUAGCCUUGUGAGUUCCAUACGAAAAAGUUGCAGUAUCCAGUUAGUACAACACAUACCAACUAUGCCUGUGCACAAUUGUGUAACGAUGGGAACUGUCCGGCAACUCUUGUACGAAGCUGAAGUGCUAAAAGACAUAGCACCUCUAUCUAAGAAAAGGUGACCUUCUCGCUCAAAAUUAACAGAAGUAACCGAAUCCAUGCCUGCGAUGAACACCACACUCAGUGUUUCUCCCCACCAAUCAACGAUACAAAAUCUUCGAGAUCUGAAUUAUUUUGGCUCUGAUUCUUUCAAACACUGGAAAUCUGGAUAUAAAAAGGAUUUCCGUUUAUACCAGGAAAAUGAAUUAGAAUCAACGGGACUAAACGGGCUGCGGAAGGCAGCCGAGGUUAUAAUCAGAGAGCCGAACGGCCCAGCCAGCACUACAGAAAGUCGAACAGCCUUUGUAGAUCAAGCGCCUUCCGUCCGUGACAGAAACACUGUCUCGCAUUCCAAGAGCGUAGAAUCGAACCCAAAAGUCUUCCACGAAGACACUCGCCUUGUAGAUUUUGAAACAACAUCCACCCAGGCUUUUCCGGCAUUGGAAAUUCAUCCGCGAAAGCCGGUAGAUAAAAUCGCCAUGCUCGAACAAAUAAAAAGCUUUUCUCUCGCUGACAGACCAGUGGAAAAGCUAACAGCGAAAAACGUCAUGGAAUUUCCUAAUUAUACUCAUGUCAGUGCAGGAAAGACCCGAUUUAUAAAUCUUCCGCGAUGCGGCAUUGAAAAUGUCUUCAAAGAGCAACCGAAAUCAAAAUUCAAUGCUACGACCACGGUUACCGAUACGUACCCCGUUUAUAGUGCCCAAGAUUAUUCAGAUGCUAAAGGAGCUGCGGCAGUACCAAACUUCACACCGAAGUCCGCUUUGCUUCCACUAACUAACGAGUCUACCGGAAAUACUCGGUCCCGAGCUGACCAUCGUCCAUUUUCCCUUAGUCAAAUGCUGUUGGCCAAAAGCGAUCCAGUGAAGCAGCAGCAUCGUGAUUUGGCCGAGCUGUAUCACAUGGACGAGCGUCUGACAGAUCACACUGUAACCAGCCAUGCGGAACACGUUUGUUAUCCUGGAAAUGUGCAAAUGAUGGAUAAAAACGGCAAAAUGGACUAUAAACAUAAAUAUGGCGAUAUUGUUGGACAGGAUUUGAAGAUUGAAGAAAAAUUCUUGCCGAAACAUUUGCACCAACAGUCAAUGACCAUCGACAGUUUUCCCAGGUGGAGUCAUGAACACUAUCGGCGACCAAAACGAAAUUUUGGUUCAUUCGUUAGCGCGCUUCCUCCAGGGCUGGAAAAUGACCCAGCCGUGGUCACUACGGAGCACCGCGAAUCCAUGGUCCCGCACAGCGUGGACCGCACACAGGCGAUUCGCCCUCCUCCAAGCCGUAUUGUAGACGCGAUUCCUUUCGGAGCUCCUAUGAUGACAAACGAAACAGUUUUCCAGCAGUCCUACAAGCAGUUGCCGCUGCCGGAUCAAAGCAGAAUUCACAAGGUCUUUUUUAUACUCAACAUGCAGGCAACCAGCAUUGUCGAAGCCAAACACGGUCUGGAUUACCGAACUACAGCUGGGACAUCUUUUGUGCCAUUUUCCGCCGACCCACCUCAUCCAUUCGUUCCAGAAAAGGACAGGAAUCCUAUUCUGAAUGAUGGGAGCUCGUGGAGAAAAUUAUCGCCUUUCUAUCCCGAAUUACAAGACAACGUGUAAUAUGUACAUAAAAUUACGAAGAUUGAUGUCGACAUGACGUGGCUGAUUGCCUCAUGUUCCCGGUCUUCCCAUGACAUCUGUAUAGCGGCAGCGACAUUUCGCACGUGUUUCAGGUUUCAGAAAUUGAUAAUUCAGGUUAACACGGUUUACGAACACCAUAAUUAUCGUGUCAGGGGCGCCAGUUUUAUGGUCGGUCACUCACGACUUCUUUGUUAUAGUUUUUCCAACAUUCUCGUGUGGAAGUACAAAAUUACUCGUACGUGUGCAGAGAAUGCACUGCACAGUGCACACAAAGCGACGGUAUACAAUUUCACAAAAAUACGCUCUUGGCCUCUUACAAAACGCAGGAAAGUGGCAAUUGUUUAACAAAAUUUGUAAACUAUGGGUAGAUAGUUUUCGUGGCCUAAUUGUAUUUAACACAGACAACAACAUUGUUAUACUAACAAUUAACAGCCGACAAUAGUGAUAGUGACCGGCGCGGUUCCUCGGUUACCGAAAGGAUCGGUAGCGGUGGCCGCAAGAGAAAACGUUCCACCGCCUCGAACUGCAGUAAUGGUACGGAUUUCUCCCGAACUGGAAUCAAUAUAAAACUGGUUGCUCGUACUUAAUCCGUAGUCCAUCGAAUCCUGUCGUGAAUUUGUCGCCUAAAACGCUCCAAGUUGACGUACCCGGACAACGCAAACGCGGGCCGAAUCCGUCGAACAGGAGGCGGAACACUGAUAACUAGACUGAUUGAACACUGGUCCUCCACCAAUGGCCACCGCGUUAUUGAGGGGAUUAGCGUUGACGGUAUUUGUUCCGAUCACUCCCGUGUUCGAAAUUGUAUUAACACCGGGGCUGGAAAUUGUAUUGACGCCGGUAUUCGACGUCAAUAUGGGCGCACCCGAACAACUGGCGGUGACCGUGGCGGUGGUCGUCGCGGUCUGGCCACUGGUGCUCAGUGCGUUAAUUGUCAAGGGAUACGUUCCCGUGGGCGGUACGGAAAUUAGGCCAACUUGGCCGGUCCCAGGAUUGAUGCCAAAGUACUGCGAGCCGGUCAGAGUAUAGGAAACUUGGCCACCGCCCGGCACAUUUGCUGCGACUGAACCGAUAACAGACCCAGCAGUGCACGUGGAAAGUGGGAAACUGUACGAUGAUUGAGAAAAUGUUGGUGCACCACCUGUUAACAAUUGUCAUUUAUGAU